AUGGCGGACCAACCUGCAGGUUGCACAAAAAUGGAGAAUUCCGCCGAAGACGACAACAAACAGCAGAUGGAAGCUACCGUAACCUACCCAAGAAAAGUCCGGGUCAUAGUCUCCGACCCUCACGCCGCAGAUUCAUCAUCGGAUGAAGGUGGUAACCGUGAGCGAUCAUCGCAACGCCGAAUUGUUCGCGAGAUUGUUCUUGGGCUCAGAGCCGGAGAAAACAAGGACGACGGUGAAGCGUCAAAGCGGAGGGGUUCCAUGGAACAAAAGGAAAACGAAAGGAAAUGGGGCAAGUUGUGUUCUGAAAUCCGUGACCCGUUUAAUAAAAAGCGGGUCUGGUUCGGUACCUUUGACACCGCUGAGAAAUCUUUGAAAGCUUACAAAAAAAAGAAAGAGAAGUUUCGUGCUGGACAAGCGGCUGAAAACCAGCAGGUGACCCCAGUUUCCAAGGGAGUUCCCGAAGGAAAAAAGGUGGCGAAGCUUGAUGAUGACCCGACCCGGAAACAGUGCAAGGGUGUUCGAAAGACUGAAUCGGGUAGAUGGAGUGCGAAAAUUCGUGACCCAGUUAAGAAAUCACAAGUUUGGGUUGGUACAUUUGAUACCAAAGAAGAGGCUUCAGAAGCAAUUGAAUCAAAGAAGGUGGAAUUCGGGUCCUCCCGAUCCAAUGCCGAAAGUGGGUCAUCUUUGAAGACCCCAAAGACUGAGACUUAA